AUGGCGUCCGACUUCAGGUGGAGAUGUAUAGCGCUUCUUCUCUGCUCGUAUCUGCUGUGUAUUUCAGCGGCUGAAAGCAAAGAAAAGCCGAAGAAAAAGAAGGAUAUUCGAGACUACAAUGACGCUGAUAUGGCACGGCUCCUGGAACAAUGGGAGAAGGAUGAUGACAUUGAGGAAGGAGACCUCCCAGAGCACAGGAGAUCACCUCCUCCUGUUGAUUUUUCCAAGAUAGACGCCUCCAAGCCAGAGGAACUGCUCAAGAUGUCCAAGAAGGGCCGUACUCUGAUGGUUUUUGCUACAGUAUCAGGAGAUCCCACUGAGAAGGAGACAGAGGAGAUCACGGGCCUUUGGCAGGGAAGCCUCUUCAAUGCUAACUUUGACGUUCAGAGGUUUGUUGUAGGCUCCAACAGGGUGAUCUUCAUGCUGCGAGAUGGCAGCAUGGCAUGGGAGGUCAAAGAUUUCCUCGUAUCCCAGGAGCGCUGUGCAGAUGUCACUGUGGAAGGUCAGGUGUUCCCUGGGAAGGCUGGGAAAAACAAAGACGACAAAACGAAGCAGCACAAUGAUGUUAAUAAGAACAAGAAGAAAUCAAAAGGCAAGAAGCCAGACUUGGAGGGGAACAAAGCCGGCCAUCUGAAGCAGGAACUAUGAUGGAAACACAAAAACACAUGAGGAUGCACUAGUUCUCAGUGUUAGGAGUGAACUGAUAAAUCCUGUUGGGUACGUUAACCUUCACUGCUGAGCUGGCAUUAAAAGAACGUUUUUUUCCCCCUUUUCAGCAGCAGUGUUCCAGUGACAGUCUUAAAAUCAUUGUCAUUUGUUAACAUGGUGGCGCCUAGUUCUUAAAUUUUUCCAUACUGUCUGACUGUGGAUGUUUUCUGUUGCUCAUCACUAAAUCAAUACGCACUCUUUCUGACUUAUAAAAUGAAAUCCACGCUAAUCAAUUUAGUCCUUUAUUCUUUGCCAGAAGCCUUGUGAGGUGCAGAAAGUGUCUUUUCUAGAAACAGUUUAAUGCCAAGGUCAGACAAGACUAUGUUUUUGUCUUUUACGAUGGUCACUGUGUCAGAGUAAAGCAGUCAGAGCCAUAUGUUGACCGACAGACACGACAGACUAGUAGUACCUUACCAAUCAUCACAACUGACGUGAUGACCUUAGGAGGAAGAGGAGCGGGACUAACACUCGAAAGAUGACUGUAAACAAACUGUAUUUGCUGUACUGUUGUGUAUUUGUUUUUCUAUCGGUUAUAAUGAAUGAUACGGUAGCUUCAUGCUAAUGGUAGUGACUCUUUUUUCUGUCUGACAUGGUCAACCUUUGAUGGUACACGCUAAAGGCAGGGAUGCUGUUGUCAAAGUUUGCCAAUCUUCUUUUGUCUCAGAAGCGACAACUUCAUUGGUCUUCUUUGGCUCUGUCGUUUUGCUUGUUUAAUCCUUUUUUUGUGCAUUUAAAGCCCCCUGUGCUCUCAUUGGUCAGCUUCCUGACAUAAUGGAACAAAUCGUAAAGGUGAAAAGAAAAAUGAAACAUGCUAGAUGUUCUGUCAGCAGGUCUGGAUUUAUCCCAGUUGUGGCCUUGAUUGUAAUACACAGUGCUGUUUAAAGUAGUGUUAGGUGUAAUGUGAGGACAAGAUGACCCCUGCUGUCAGCAUCAGCUGACUGGAUCAGGAGCUCCUGCUGUCCUGCAAAGCCAAAACGCUCAGUGAAUCAGUGUUAAUUUUGUAUACUCAAACUAAGUCUAAAAAUGUUGAACAACGUUUUUCCAUGAAAAAGACGAGACUAAGACUAGCUUAAGAUAAAUCUUUGAUGAUCAAAACUCUGUAAUGUAAGUUUAUUUUUUUUUUAUUUAA